GAACGCUGUGAUGACUGGGGUGUGGACACCAUGAAGCAGAUCCAGAUUUAUGAUGGGGAACCUGCCAAGAUCAAAUGCCCACUUUUUGAGACCUUCUUGAAGUACAACUAUAGCACAGCCCAUUCUGCUGGCUUAACACUGAUCUGGUACAGGAUCGCACAGGACCGAGAUCUGGAAGAACCCAUUAAUUAUCGUCUCCCAGACAAUCACAUCAGUAAGGAUAAAGACACCCUUUGGUUCUGGCCUGCUCUGCUCAAUGACACUGGGAAUUAUACCUGCAUGCUCAGAAACACAACCUACUGCAGCAAAGUUGCAUUUCCCUUGGAGGUUGUUCCAAAAGACCAACAGUCUUGUGUGAGCCAUUCGAUAAAACCCACUGAGGAGAUGUUCUACUUGGAGCAUGCCAAUCAAAAGAUCAUAUGUCCAGAUAUUGAUGGGUUUUACCCUGCCAGUGUAACACCAACUGUCAAGUGGUACCUGAACUGCAACUUGGUGGAUGGCUUCUAUGAACGAUACCCACAAGGGCCCAGGCUUGUCAUUGGCAUUGUCCGCAGUGCAUAUAAAGGGAAUUACACUUGUAUUGUGACAUUCAAGGACCAUGGAAGAACCUAUAAUCUCACCAGAACCAUAAAGAUGAAGGUGGUGGGAUCUCCAAACAAGGCCUUGCCACCGCAGUUCACCUCUCCAAAUGAGAAAGUUGUGUAUGAACUGGAAGCAGGAGAAGACCUUAUCCUGCCUUGUGAGGUUUUCUUCACCUUCCUGAAGGACUCCCGGACUGAGGUGUGGUGGACCAUAGAUGGGAAAAACACAGACGACAUCACAGACCCCAAGAUAAAAGUCACACAAAGUGAAAUUACUAGAGAUUUUGAAGAUAAAACUGUCAUAAGGACUCUAACAGUUGCAAAAGCCACACCAGAGGACUUGAAACGGAAUUAUACUUGCUAUGCCAGGAACACCAGAGGCGAGGACCAUAGCCAGGCCGUAGUGCGCAUGAAAGUUGUAGCACCGAAGUACACCGUGGAGCUGGCCUGUGGACUGGGGGCAACCGUCCUGCUCGUUGUGGUGCUGAUAGUUGUCUAUCACGUGUAUUGGCUUGAAAUGGUCCUCUUCUAUCGGGCUCAUUUUGGAACAGAUGAAACCAUUCUAGACGGGAAGGAGUACGAUGUGUACGUGUCCUACGCACGCAACGCUGAGGAGGAGGAAUUUGUGCUGCUGACACUGCGAGGAGUCUUGGAGAAUGAGUUUGGGUACAAGCUGUGUAUCUUCGACAGAGACAGCCUCCCUGGGGGAAUUGUCACAGACGAAACCCUGAGCUUCAUCCAGAAAAGCCGACGUCUGCUUGUUGUCCUGAGCCCCAACUACGUCUUGCAGGGGACACAGGCCCUGCUGGAGCUCAAGGCUGGUCUAGAGAAUAUGGCCUCCAAGGGCAACAUCAAAGUCAUUCUAGUGCAGUACAAAGCCAUCAAGAAGAGCAAAGUGAAGGAGCUGAAGCAGGCCAAGGCGGCCUUGACUGUCAUUAAAUGGAAAGGCGAGAAAUCCAAGUUCCCAAAGGGCAGGUUCUGGAAGCAGCUGCAGGUGGAAAUGCCAGUGAAAAAAAUUAGCAGGAGUUUGAGCCAUGAUGGGUUGAUGUGUAUCCCUGAAAAAUGUUUGACACCAACAGAAAACAAACCAAAACAAAUGCCAAAAAUCCACAAGUUAGAUACCACCGAAGCCGUGUUCGACUUCAUCCAGAGGAGCCGCAGGAUGAUCGUGGUCCUGAGUCCUGAUUACUUGACGGAGAAGAGCAUCAGCCUCCUGGAGUUCAAGCUGGGCAUCAUGUGCCAGAACGCCAUCGCCACCAAGCUGAUCGUGGUAGAGUAUAGGCCACUGCAGUGCACCCACCCCAGCAUCCUCCAGCUGAAGGAGUCUGUUUCCUUCGUCACCUGGAAGGGGGAGAAGUCCAAGCGCUCUGGCUCCCAGUUCUGGAAGGCUUUGCGUCUCGCCCUGCCGCUGCGCAGCCUGAGCGCUGGCGCUGGCUGGAAUGAGAGCUGCUCCUCCCAGUCAGACAUCAGCCUGGACCCUGUCCAGAGGAGAAGGAGCCGGUUGAAAGGGCAGCCUGACCCACGGAGUGCUGCAGCAGUGACUCUUGUUCAUGGAGGGACGGCCCCAGCCUCAGAGUCAAAGGCCAAACACCGAGCCAAGCACUUCCUGACGUGCAGGUGUUGUGGGACCUAUUGCAAGGGUGGCAGCAGACUCAAGCAGAAGCAUCAGGCUGUGGCUGAGCCCAGGUGGGACACUCAUCUCUGCAAGUCAGGCUCGGGCAGGUCCACGGCACAGGGGCUUCAGGGCAGGAGUCGAGCUGAGCCCCCUCCAGCACAGGCUCCUGCUCUCGCCCUCUGCCACUACAGCGACCUGUCCAACAACAAUGACUUCUACGUACUCUGA